GCCGCGCUCCAGUCUGACGCCAAACUUCGCACUUUCCUUCAAAUGUUUCCUCCUGAAAGUAAAACAGGUAAAAAACAGAAGCUGGAGCCGCGAGGGAGACUUUCUGUAUUUGGAGGUGUUAGUUCAUCUUGUUAAUUAUCACACCUGGAGAAGAAUGAAACCUUACGUCUCCUAAGGUAGACGGGCGUGUUUUCGGGAUUAAAGGGGGAAUUAAAGAAAAGCUGGAGCCGCAUCUGGAGGAUUAAAGCGGCUGAGAUGCGGGAGGAAGCGCGGCAGACGCGGUGAAGCCGCCCGGUGCGCACUUUCCCCUCCCGGCUGGACUCAAGAACCCUUCCCUUAUUUACCGACGCCCCUCUGCUUGGAUUAAACACCCACGAGCGUCAAAGCCGUCUUGAAUUUCAUCGAAAAUUUCACUCAACACUUUUCAAUUUGUUUGCGCCGCGGAGUUUGCCGCUCAUGGAUCCGCCACUUUGCGCCUGGAGUCCGGAUGGGACCUGGCAGCGCUGAGCGGUGACGGUGUGAAGGAGAGACCGACCCGCAGCUUAACGCAGGAGUUUCACAUCUGGUGCACUGGGCCAGUCAGCAGCAGGAUCAGGAUGAGAAGAUGGCUGGCUGUGUGUUUCCAAUGGGACCAGAGAGCUUUCAGCGCUUCACGCCGGACUCCCUGGCGGCCAUCGAGCAGCGCAUCGCCCAGGAGGAGGCCCGACGCCACAAACACUACCAGGAGGACCUGGGUGACGUGGAGGUUCUCCGGCCUCGGGCCGACCUGGAGGCAGGAAAACAGCUGCCGCGCAUUUUUGCCGACAUCCCAUCGCACCUGGUGGGCGUUCCCCUGGAAGACAUCGACCCGUACUACUUCAAAGACCACAGGACCUUCAUAGUCCUGAACAAGGGGAAGGCCAUCUUCCGCUUCAGUGCCACAUCGGCUCUCUACAUCUUCAGCCCCUUCCACCCCAUCCGCAGGAUCGCCAUCAAGAUCCUGGUCCACUCGUUGUUCAGCCUGUUCAUCAUGUGCACCAUCCUGACCAACUGUUGCUUCAUGGCCAUGUCGGAGCCGGCGUACUGGGCCAAAUACCUGGAGUACACCUUCACAGGUAUCUACACGUUCGAGUCCCUCAUUAAGAUCCUGGCCAGGGGGUUCUGUUUGGGCCCCUUCACCUUCCUGAGGGACCCCUGGAACUGGCUGGACUUCAGCGUCAUCGUCAUGGCAUAUGUGACUGAGUUUGUGGACCUGGGUAAUGUCUCAGCCUUAAGGACGUUCAGGGUGCUACGAGCCCUCAAAACCAUCUCUGUCAUCCCAGGCCUGAAGACCAUCGUCGGAGCUCUGAUCCAGUCUGUGAAGAAGCUGGCCGACGUGAUGAUCCUCACCGUCUUCUGCCUGAGCGUCUUCGCCCUCAUCGGCCUGCAGCUCUUCAUGGGAAACCUGCGGCAGAAAUGCGUCCGCAGCACGGCGCACUGCAUCAACAGCACGAUGUCGGACAACUCCUCCUUCUACUGCUACAACAAGCUCUGGCCCUCCCUCAAGGACUUCAGGAAUGACGAGGACAACUUCUACAAGUUGGAGGGAGCCAAGGACGCCCUGAUCUGUGGGAACAGCAGCGACGCAGGAAAGUGCCCAGACGGGUUCGACUGUCUGAAGGCGGGCAGGAACCCGAACUACGGCUACACCAGCUUCGACACCUUCGGCUGGGCCUUUCUGUCCCUGUUCCGCCUGAUGACGCAGGACUUCUGGGAAAACCUCUACCACCAGACGCUGCGCUCGGCCGGUAAGACCUACAUGGUGUUUUUCGUGGUGGUGAUCUUCCUGGGCUCCUUCUACCUGGUCAACCUCAUCCUGGCUGUGGUGGCGAUGGCGUACGAGGAGCAGAACCAGGCCACCAUCGCUGAAGCCUGCCAGAAGGAGCGAGAGUUUCAACAGGCCAUGGAGAUCCUGAAGAAGGAGCAGCAGGUCGCCUCCCAAAAAGCCCCCGACUCCGACUCGCUGAUGUCACCGGACCUCUCGCCCUUUGGGCCGCCUUUGGACACGCUGGAGGAGCGGCGGCGGAGCCAGGCCCUGAUGGGGGUUUCUGAUGUGGAGGCCAACCUGUCUGAGGAAAAGCUGCUGCAGGUGGAGAUGAUGGACGGGGGGAAGCCGCUCCACCCGCUCCUCGCGCGCUCCUUCUCCACGAGGACUCGGCGAAGCAGUCAGGUCUCCUCCAUCUUCAACUUCCGCCUGCGGAGCCGAGGGUCCGAGGGGGAGAUGGCCGACGACGAGUACAGCGUCCCAGGAGACGUGGUGGAGGGCGUCGGCGGCCGCACCUACAGCGGCGGGACCUUCAGCAGCAUCCUGCCCCACCCGUGGCCCAAACGCCGGCCCAGCACCUACAGCACCGCCAGCAGGAGCUCCCAGGUGUUUUAUCCGACUCUAAACAUCAAUGGGAAGGUGUUUGUUACCAUGGACCAGAAUGGGGUUUCCCCACCGCCGAUGCAGGGGCAGCUGCCUGCCUGCACCAUGGAGAAGGUCAAGGAGGAGAGUGUGCCCACGUCCACCACGGAGCUCAGCACCAUGCUGCUACCCCGGCCUUCGUCCACGCAGGGCUCGGAGCGCCGGGGCCGGGCUCUGAGCGCGGCCAGCUACCUCACAGACGCCAUGGAAGAACUGGAGGAGUCCCAUAAGAAGUGCCACCCCUGCUGGUAUGUGUUUGCCCAUCGCUACCUGGUGUGGGAGUGCUGCCCCUGCUGGUUGAGGGUCAAGCAGCUGGUGAAGGUCAUGGUGAUGGAUCCCUUCCUGGACCUGGCGAUCACCGUGUGCAUCGUCCUCAACACGCUCUUCAUGGCGAUGGAGCACUACCCCAUGACCAAGGAGUUUGACGGCAUGCUCAGCAUCGGAAACCUGGUGUUUUCGGGGAUCUUCACAGCAGAGAUGGUUCUGAAGAUCAUCGCUCUGGACCCAUACUACUACUUCCAGACGGGGUGGAACAUCUUCGACAGCAUCAUUGUGUGCCUCAGCCUCAUGGAGCUGGGCCUGUCCGACGUGGAGGGACUGAGCGUGCUGCGCUCCUUCAGACUGCUGCGCGUGUUCAAGCUCGCUCGCUCGUGGCCGACCCUCAACACCCUGAUCAAGAUCAUCGGGAACUCCAUGGGCGCCCUGGGGAACCUGACCCUGGUGCUCGCCAUCAUCGUCUUCAUCUUCGCUGUGGUCGGCAUGCAGCUGUUUGGAAAGAACUACCAGGACUGCGUGUGUAAGAUCUCCAAGGACUGCACGCUUCCUCGCUGGCACAUGAAGGACUUCUUCCACUCGUUCCUCAUCGUCUUUAGGGUUCUGUGUGGCGAGUGGAUCGAGACCAUGUGGGACUGUAUGGAGGUGGCGGGUCAGCCGCUCUGCAUCCUCGUCUUCAUGCUGGUCAUGGUCAUCGGAAACCUGGUGCUGCUCAACCUCUUCCUGGCUCUGCUCCUCAGCAGCUUCAGCUCUGACAACCUGUCAGCCCCGGACGACGACGGCGAGAUGAACAACCUGCACAUCGCCAUCCACAGGAUCACCAGAGGCCUGGGCUGGUGCCGCAGACAGGUGGUGGAUUUCUUCAACGGCAACCUGAAGCGGCGCCGUCAGAAGCGGAAAGAGGCCAAAGCCAUGUUGAAGCUGAAGCGGCUGAGCACCAUCCACACGGAGGCCAACGGGGCCGUGAUAGGCCGUCACGUGGAGAAGUACGUGGCUCCAGAGGACGACAGCUACAUGACAAACCCAAACCUGACCAUCAGCGUCCCCAUCGCCCCCGGAGAGUCCGACGUGGAGGAGGAAGAGGAGGAGGAGGAGGAAGAGGGGGAGGAGGAGGAGGAGGAGGGAGAGGAGGAGCAGACCGAGGAAGAGGAGCAGAAGGACAUCGUCAGCCUGUCAGAGGGCAGCACCGUGGACCUGAGGAAGCCCGGCGAGGAAGAGGACGAGUACUCAGAGAUGGCUGAAGAGGCCAUGGAUCCUGACAACUGCUUCCCAGACAUGUGCGUCGCCAGGUUCCAGUGCUGCGACAUCGACACCUCGGCAGGACUGGGUCAGCUGUGGUGGAAGCUGAGGAAGACCUCGUACCAGAUCGUGGAGCACAGCUGGUUCGAGUCCUUCAUCAUCUUCAUGAUCCUGCUCAGCUCCGGAGCUCUGGCCUUUGAGGACAUCUACAUCGAGCAGAGGAGGGUGAUCAAGGUGGUGCUGGAGUUCGCAGACAAGAUCUUCACCUACAUCUUUAUCCUGGAGAUGAUGCUCAAGUGGCUGGCGUACGGCUUCAAGAAGUACUUCACCAACUACUGGUGCUGGCUCGACUUCCUCAUCGUAGAUGUCUCAUUGGUCAGUUUGGUGGCCAACACUUUGGGCUAUUCAGACUUAGCAGCCAUCAAAUCCCUGCGGACGCUUCGGGCCCUGCGGCCCCUCAGAGCCCUCUCCAGAUUUGAAGGCAUGAGGGUGGUGGUCAACGCUCUGAUCGGGGCCAUCCCCUCCAUCAUGAACGUGCUGCUGGUCUGCCUCAUCUUCUGGCUCAUCUUCAGCAUCAUGGGCGUCAACCUGUUCGCCGGGAAGUUCGGCCGCUGCGUCAACCGCACCGGCUACGUGUACGAGGCCUCCUUCAUCAACAACAAGUCCGAUUGCCUGGCGCUCAACGACACCUCACUCUACUACUGGACCAAGGUCAAGGUGAACUUCGACAACGUGGGAGCAGGAUACCUGGCUCUGCUGCAAGUGGCCACGUUCAAAGGCUGGAUGGACAUCAUGUACGCCGCCGUGGACUCCAGAGCUAUGGAGGAGCAGCCGAUCAAGGAGGUCAACCUGUACAUGUACCUGUACUUCGUCAUCUUCAUCAUCUUCGGCUCCUUCUUCACCCUCAACCUGUUCAUCGGCGUCAUCAUCGACAACUUCAACCAGCAGAAACGAAAGUUAGGAGGACAGGACAUCUUCAUGACAGAGGAGCAGAAAAAGUACUACAACGCCAUGAAGAAGCUGGGCUCCAAGAAGCCCCAGAAACCCAUCCCUCGACCUCUGAACCCCCUCCAAGGCUUCUUCUUCGACCUGGUUGGGAAGCAGGCGUUCGACAUCAUCAUCAUGGUGCUGAUCCUCUUCAACAUGAUCACCAUGAUGGUGGAGACGGACGAGCAGUUGGCCCACAUGGAGUACAUCCUGAACAACAUCAACCUGGGCUUCAUCGUGGUCUUCACCGCCGAGUGCCUAAUCAAGAUCAUGGCGCUGCGCUGCUACUUCUUCACCGUCGGAUGGAACAUCUUUGACUUCGUCGUCGUCAUCCUCUCCAUCGUGGGCAUUGUGCUCGCCGACAUCAUUGAGAAGUACUUUGUGUCGCCGACCCUGUUCCGGGUGAUCCGACUGGCCCGCAUUGGACGCAUUCUGCGUCUAAUCAGAGGCGCCAAGGGCAUCCGCACGCUGCUGUUCGCCCUCAUGAUGUCGCUCCCCGCUCUCUUCAACAUCGGCCUUCUGCUCUUCCUGGUCAUGUUCAUAUACGCCAUCUUCGGCAUGGCCAACUUCGCCUACGUGAAGCGGCAGGCGGGCAUCGACGACAUGUUCAACUUCGAGACCUUCGGGAACAGCAUGAUCUGCUUGUUCCAGAUCACCACGUCUGCCGGCUGGGACGGCCUCCUCAGCCCCAUCCUCAACAACUCCCCCGAGGAGUGCAACCCCAACAUCCCCCACACCGGCACCACGGUGAGGGGCAACUGCGGGAACCCGUCGGUGGGCAUCACCUUCUUCGUCACCUACAUCAUCAUCUCCUUCCUCAUCGUGGUCAACAUGUACAUCGCUAUCAUCCUGGAGAACUUCAGCGUGGCCACGGAGGAGAGCACUGAGCCGCUGAGCGAGGACGACUUCGAAAUGUUCUACGAGGUCUGGGAGAAGUUCGACCCCGAGGCCACGCAGUUCAUCGAGUACGCCAAGCUGUCGGACUUUGCCGACUCGCUGUCGGAGCCGCUGCGCAUCGCUAAGCCCAACAAGAUCAAACUGAUCUCCAUGGACCUGCCCAUGGUCAGCGGCGACAAGAUCCACUGCCUGGACAUCCUCUUCGCCUUCACGAAGCGCGUCCUGGGAGAGUCGGGGGAGAUGGACGCGCUCAAGCAGCAGAUGGAGGAGAAGUUCAUGACGGCGAAUCCGUCCAAGAUCUCCUACGAACCCAUCACCACCACUCUGAGGCGCAAACAGGAGGAGGUCUCAGCCACGGUGAUCCAGAGGUGCUACCGCCGGCACCUGGUCCGGCGGCAGAUGAAGGCCGCCUCCUACCUGUACCGUCAGAUCACUACGCCGCGCCGCGCCAGGGACGGCGGCGAGGACACCGGCGAUGCCAUAUUUGGGGAGGACGCUCCUGAGAAGGAAGGGCUGAUCGCCGCCAUGAUGAGGGAGAACUACGGCUCCAGUUUGCUGGGGGUGGAGCGCUCUGCCACCGUUUCCUCCACCUCGUCCCCUCCGUCGUACGACAGCGUGACCCGGGCCACGUCGGACACCUUCCAUCCCAUCACGGUCACCGUGGAGACGGUCGUCGUCGACUCUGCCGUGGAGACGGUCGUCGUCGACUCUGCCGGCGGCGCAGGUGAGCAGUCGCCGCCUGUGGAUGACGGCGACACAAGGCGGGACGAGGUGCCGUAGUGGAGCCAGGCAGCAAAAAAUGUAGACGUGAGGAGAUGCUCAUGGUUACGUCUGUUCACUGAAUGUACCACAGCUGAGGGACACGGAGGAGGACACGCUGUGUCCUGUUCCCGUGGAGUCCUGGACUCUUGGAAGCCCCGUCUGUCGACUCUGCCUUCGUUAGAGUCUAAGGAGAAUCGGUUUGGCCUGUUGGCUAGAGUCUGAAACACUCAUGACCUUUGACCUUAGACAUACGAGGUCAGAGCUCAUAAACACUAUAUCACAGAUGUAUUCAUCAUUUAUAGGCCUUCCCACAGUUGGACACCUGGGUGUCCACAACAGAAGCAGUGACGACUUUCUGACUGGCUGAGACUCGAGAGAGAAGGAAAAACACUGACGCGAUUUUAAGAAACGUUUUCGUAGUAAAAGUAUAACUUUGUCGAUGUUACCAGUCUUUUAAUAGCGAUCAAUUAUUACUGUUUUUUACAUUUUUUUAGAGCAAGUUGAAGGCAAAAAAUGAGCAGCCGCUCUCUUCUGAUUGGCUCCAGCUGUGAAAAGUGGCUGAACUGACACGUUGACGCAGGCGAAAGAGAAAACCUCACAAACAUGAAUUUCCUUUUGCACUUUUGAGUUUACACAUGCUGUCACUUUACUGCACCGGGCAAAGCCACACUGAGGAAGGGCCUGGGAUGGAUUUUCUAUUUUUGCUUCUGAACCUUUGAGAUAACACCAAAAACUGAAACAAGUGCACAACGAGAUUUUCUACUUGGUCCUAGACUCUUCCAGCCUGUGUUUUGCCUGGUGAUGUACUUCCCAUGUCCCAGUUGAACAGAAGGUUCCUCACUGGUCGGUGACCUGCAUGAAUCAAUUUAUCAGCUAAAUGGUCCAAAUAAUCCUCUAGCCGUUCCUAAUCAAUCCAUAUUCAUCAACUCAUAUCAUGACCGUCUGUGUAUUUAAUUCAGUGGUCGAGGUAAACGAAAGGAGCCAAAUGGCGUUUUCACAUUUCACCUCCUGAACCAGCGGAUUCAGCUUUUUCACAUCACCCGCUGUGAUGAAUGACCCACGUGGUGGGAGGUCGAGAGCUGCACACGAACUCGGUGCCGCGGCCCCUCAGGUCGCCGUGCCGUCGACUAGACCAGAACCCGACAAUCAGCACAUCAUCAUCAUCAUUGUGUGUCUGCCUGGGCGUGAGUCAGUGUCCUGGACAAGCCCGACCCGUUGGUGCAGAACCGGCUGAAUGUGGGUCCUGGCUCCUGACGGAGCAGUUGACCCAAAAGCCACAUGGCCGUGGGACCAGGAUCCACUUGUGUUUCCUCAAAGGUUCAAUUCAAAUGAAGCAGAUGAUUCAUCAUGUGAGUCAAUGAGACGAUCAGAGUAUUUGGGUUCUGGUAAAAGCACAAUAGUUGAUUCAUUGAUGGUCCAGAGAACGAGUCAAAAUCGGCUGAAGAUCCAAACGUAUAAACUCAUACUGGAGUCAGUGAACGGUGCUGCAGCCGACCAAGUUUUUCCACGACACUGAUGAGAUGAAUCUUUUCCACUUCCUGCUUCCAGAGUUUAUUUGAACAUGUGGGAAAACAAAUCGGUCAGUUCUGAUGGGCUGAUCAAGGGGUUUUACAUAUGAACGAUCUUCUAUGUUUCUGUUGCAGGGAAGUUGGAAGGACAUGUUCUGUCAUAUUUGAAUGGUUUACAUUUGUUUGAGUAAGUGGUUCCAGAACAGAAGAAACAAAGCCGUUUAAUUUAUUCACCUAUUUAUUUAUUUAUUGGUUGCUCUAAUAACCUGCGUCCUGGAGGAGACGACGGCUCUUUAUCUAUUUUGCACAGAGAAACAAAAACCAAACCGCGUCUAGCAAUAACGGUUUGCCGACACCUUUUCGUAGUUCGUAGGUAGCUGGACUUCACACAAGCUUCUCGUCUGUGUCGUCCUGCCUCAGUUCCUAGGGAGAACUCAGCAUGUGGUGAAGCUCGUCUUAUUAGGAUGCUUGGAACAAGCUCUCUCUCUCUCUGUCUCUCUCGCUCGCCCUGGGGAUCCUUACUAAGCGCUUUCCUGGCACUGUCUGGACUCUAUUUCUACUCGAUCCCACGGAGAAGAGACGACCACUUUAGGUAAAGACACUGCUGAACUGUGCAGUUGAGCUGAAGGGCUGUUUUCAGUAGCAAUAGAGCCAGAGCGUGCCUGCUACACAUGAACCCAACUCUCCAAGCCAUGUUCUGACCAAGCGCCUGACUGAUGGACGGACUGACCUGGUUCUGGUCCACCCCUCCCCUCACUGCCACCGCUCAAUAAGCACAGAGAGCUGAUGGGUUGGUGACUCUGACUCACCAUGAUGUGCAGGGGAAUAAAUGGUUGAAAGGUGAAAACGACCAUAAACACAUGGUUUCUAAAUGCUGCUUUUAAGUGAAAGAUCAGGUUUCACUUAAAGACACAUGCUUCUUUUCAGUCAUUGAUCAUGGAAACACACCAAAGCACAGAUGCUCCCACUGUUCAUGCAGACGAGUCCUUCUCCCGUGUGGUUCCCAGGAGCGUUCACCUGAAGGCACCAUUGAGCCCGGGUUGGUCUAUCUGGACCCGGCUCUGGUUCCCCUGAGCACCAACCAGUCAAACGUGUGCUGUCCAGACCAGCCUCAGGUCUCUGUGCUUGACGUGCGGUGGGUCACGUGGGCACCGUGGCUCCUCCCUGGACCCUGAGCUCUGGGUCGGUCCGUGGGCAGAACCUCUGCUCCUUCCUGCCUUUUCUCCCCACUUUAAAAACCAAAAGCUGCUUCGUAAUCAACCAUGACGGAGGAAACGGUUUCAUGUUCUUACUGUGUGAUGAAUGCAAUACAACGGCGACGUGAAUGGGCAGCGAGCGCCGCCGCUGCCUCUGGGUGGUUGGAUUUGGUUUGUCCAGGCAUCCUCUCACUGCUUGAACCACCAUCGCCCCGUUUACACCGCCGCUGGUUUCACACUGGUUUGCACAGGUUGUGUCAGAUCUCCAGCUUCAUAUCAGUUGGCAGAAAACUCAUAUCGUAAGAAAGUUGCCUUUUGCAGGACGGGUUGAGUCGUUCCUCCUGGCGCUGCUGAUGAAGACACUGACAGUCACCAAAUCAUCCAGUUAACUUUAAGAAGGUGCACAAACAUUAGAAGGUCAACAUUUUGUGACGUCUUAGAUUUUACAGAAUAAAACAGCACAGCAACUGAUUCAAAUCAUGUAAGUGUAAAGAGCAGGAUUCCUCUGACUCCGUGUGCAGCAGGUGAAACCUCGGUGUAAAGGAGGCGACAGCUGUGCCUCAGUGCCCCGCCCUGGUGUGUUAGAGACAUUCUACAGUACGACUAUUAUAAUAUGAAUAUAUAUAAAUAUAUACUUUUUAGUACUUUGAGUUCAUAUACUUUUUAGUAUUUUGCAAAUACAUGUCUCUGUAUAUAAAACAAAAGCCUCCUGUAAUAAAUGAGGAAUAAAUUUAUUACUGACUCCGUUGUGAUGGUUUUAUUUGUGGCGUCAUCAGAUCAGCUGAUGACUGAAAUAAUUAGGACGACAGAUCAUUGAUUGGCUUUAGAAUCGGAGCAUAGUUGUUCCACCUCUACUCUACUCUGACUGUCCUCUGUGAACUGUCUUGUUGCCCUUAAGCAAGGCACUGAACUGAGAGACAGACAGAGUGCGUGUGACUUGUUUACUUGGUUACGUAACACAUGCUCAGAGGGAGCCAGUGUUUCUCAGCAUAUGUGAGACGAAGCCUCUCCAUCUGCUCGCAUUAUGACAACCAGGGUUCUGAUGGUCCGGUCUUGUCUGGCCCACAGAACCCAGCUGCAGUGGCUUGUCACAAAAUGUAUCAAAGUGACAAACUGGUUGCUGGUUAAAAUGCAGCUGGGUCACAGGCACACAUUACACCAGUCCCUGUGGGUGUUUCCUCCAGUGGGCCUCACUGAGCCCAACAGAACCAGCAGCCAGAUGGGCCUCGGUGUGAGACUGCUGUGUGUGUGUGUAAACAAGCCUGUUCAGAGCUGCAGCCACAGUAACUCAGUCACGUUACACAUUCAAUCCAGGUAAACAAUCACUUACUGUCACUGAUCAAUAAAAACAUUGAGGUCUGAUUCAUCUGUUGAUGAGCUUCAGCUGCUUCUUAAUCAUGAGACAGAACAUUUUCACCUGAUCCUCCCAAACUACUGAUUUACAGCGUAUGCUUCUGUUUGCAGCCAGUAUCAAGUAUGUGGUGAACGAGCUUCACAGGCUCUGGAAGCUCGUCUCCUGGCUUCUCUCUGCUUCUUGGGAUGAGAGUGUGACACUGGUCAAACCUAAACUCUAUAUGCAGCACAUGUUCUCCGCUGUGAAGUCUUUAUUCCACAGACGCUCUGUCUCCAUCUUCUGGGACUCUGUGGUGCGCGUUCCCCGUCACCAUGGCAGCUAGGUGCUGAUGAGAUCCCGUGACAAUAGAUGAGAAAGAGAAGCACUUCUCCGACCUCAGCCUCCAGAGACCAACACUCACAAACAAAGUCCAAGUGUUAACGAACGGAUGCUUAGAGUCGUGUCCAUCGUUCCUGACAGUUGAGGUUUGCUGACUUGUGUUUACGAUGCUGUUUGCUUGGAUUCGUGGUCAUUACGGUCGGAUGCUGACACAGAGACCAGGGCACAUGUGUGCAGCUGUGGAGCUAAAUGCAGGAGAAACUACAGGAAAUAUGGAAGCAAUCACUCAUUGGCUGAGAGAGAGUUAAGCAGGAGGGCUGUUAGUUGCAGAGUCAGCUGCUCAGCGUGUCACUGGGCUCCACUUAUCUGCACACGCACAGAUUAUAUAACAAAGAUUGGUUAUUACUGUUGAUUUUGGUAGAUGAUGAGUUCAAAGCUGACACACCAGGAGUCAGCACAGUGUCGCUGCAACAGCACGUGAACACGCACUGCUUCACUUACAAACUCAGAUGUGGAUGGAGAUGUUAUUGAAGUCAUUUAUCUCUGUCUCUGUGUUCAUCUUCAUGUUCAUUUUUAUAAACCCACACUCAAGACAUUUAAACAAUUUAACAAUAUUGACCUUUGUAUUGAUUUGUGUGAAUUGAAUCAAUAAAUAUAUUGUGUUUUGAUCUA